AUAUGGAGAAGAGCGCGCCCUACUGGGUCUCAAUUCUCCAGACGCUACAUUCCGACCUGGUGGGGUUGAAAGCAAUUUGUGUUCUGCUAUUUUAGUUCGGCCAAAGCUGGGUAUUACACUUGUCUCGUCGCCUCACCUGGGCGAGGCUUUUCAGCUGUUUCCCAUGGAUUCUUAUAAGCUUGAGAAAGAAAAGUUCGUGACCAAUUUGACCGGAUCCUCUAUGCUGGAAAUAGCGGUUCUCACAAUGACAAUUCCUUUGUUGGCCGUUUUUCGUCACUCAACCAUCUCCAAUUCCAUUGCCGGUGGCUCGCUGAAGAAAACAGAUGAUGCAGUUGCUGAGUCUAGAAAUCUGAAAACAUACUUAACUACCUUGUGUUUGGAUUAUCUUGUCAUUAUUCUUCCUGUUUCCGCGUUUGGCACUGUACUGGCAGAUCGGACCUAUAUUGGGUCAUUUGUGAUUGUACUCUUCACCUUAAUUUCUGUUGCUGCCAAAAGGUGCAAAUAUGGUGGUUCUUCUCUUUCUUUUGAGGGGGAUUCCAGGUCUCUCCGUGCAUACAUUUCAUCAUACAGGUUUAUUGUGAUGAUUAUAACAUGUGCGUGUAUUUUGGCUGUUGACUUCAGAAUAUUUCCCAGAAGAUUUGCGAAGACUGAAACGUAUGGAACUAGUUUGAUGGAUCUUGGAGUUGGAUCAUUUGUGGUGGUAAACUCAUUUGUUUCUCGGCAAGCUAGAAAUAUCAUAUCAACUGGCUGGAAGACUGCAGUGCUGUCCACUAUUCCACUGAUUAUCUUAGGAUUUAUUCGUAUCGUUACAACAACGGGUAUCAAUUAUCAGCUACAUGUGAGUGAAUAUGGUGUGCAUUGGAAUUUUUUCUUCACACUUGCUGGGAUUUCAAUCCUUACUUCCGUGGUUAAUAUUCCCGCACAAUAUUCUGGAAUUCUUGGUUCUCUUGUCUUAAUAGGGUACCAGCUCUGCUUGUUACGUGGGUUAAAUAAUUAUCUGCUUUCUGAUGAAAGAGGAACUGAUAUUAUCAGCCAAAAUAAGGAGGGGCUAUUUAGCUUAUUUGGAUACUGGGGUAUGUACCUCAUUGGUGUUCAUUUGGCAAAUUAUCUUUUCUUUGGAAGAUCCUCCUCUGCGUUUAAAAGCAGCAGAUGGGUUAGAAUAAGAGUAUGGAUUCUCUGUCUAUUAUUCUGGUUAUUAACCGUGCUGCUAGACAGAUAUGUUGAAAGAGUCUCACGGAGAAUGUGCAACCUUCCAUAUGUUGUUAUGGUAUUCGCUAACAACCUACAGAUUUUUUCAAUUCUGAUGCUGGGCGAUCUUGUUCCUGGACGUAAAAUUUCAAUACUUGAAGAAGCAUUUAAUCGGAACUUACUGCCCACAUUUCUUCUGGCAAAUCUCUUCACAGGACUGAUAAACAUGUCUAUCAAUACCCUCUCUGCGUCAUCUUUUACAGCCACUUGUAUCUUGAUUGUCUAUACCUUAGUUUUAUCAAUUACGGCUGGAAUUGCUGAUUUUUAUGGUAUCAAGCUGAAACUUGGUUGAUGCUGCCCGUUGGCGUUGCUCCUGCCUCCUCUUAUUUAUAGUAUUAAAGUGACAAAAAAGAUUUUGUAAAUCUUCCAGAUAACCUACUAGCUUAGGAUCCAUAUGCAUUGCAAUCGACUUUUGUACAAAAAGUGAGAUUGGAAGUUCCAAUUCUAUUUUGCCUCCAUCUGGUUAACGGUUGAGAAAAUUUUAGAUCUUACCGAAAUUGUCAUUGUUGAGAAUGCGUAUGUGUGACGAUAAAUCAAUGAAGAUAUUGAUUAUAAAGCUUAGUUCCAUGGAUCUCAAAUAUAAUGGAGAGCCAUUUCUUUGU